CAUUCAUCCUGGGUAUCAAAAGCAACAAUAAAAAAAGAGAAUAAAAAAGGAAAAUUUAAUAAAAGAGAAAAAUAAAAUUAAUAAGAACAUGGUGGCUUCCAGUAGUACUGGUACUAGUGUGAUGGAAAUAUUUCGGGCAAUGUUCCUUCUCCUUUUGGUUGCAUCGUUCAAUGUGGUUGGAGCCCAACGCGGUGCUGGUCAACCGGGUAUGCCUGCCACUGGACCAGCUGCAGCGGCUGGACCCGUCGCUGGUGUUGGUGCCGUCGGUGGCGUACUCGACGUCACAAAAUAUGGUGCUGUUGGGGAUGAGAAGACAGAUAUGACCGCGGCAUUAGUGAAAGCUUGGGGCGAAGCAUGUGCGUCAACCAGUGCAGUUACAAUCGUAGUUCCGACAGGGACAUUCUUAUGCGGGAGAACUGAUUUGAAGGGCCCAUGCAAGGCCCCACAGAUAACAUUCCAAGUUCAGGGAACUAUCAAGGCCCCCGCUGACAUCUCUGGCGAUACGUGGUUCCUUUUCGACAACGUCAAUAACUUGAACAUUAACGGAGGCGGUACUUUCGAUGGCCAAGGACCCACUGUUUGGAAGUCCAAAAAGUCGGUGGCUGUGACGUUACGGUUCAACUACGUGAGCAACGCAUUAGUUCAAGGGAUAACGAGCAAGGAUAGCAAGAACUUCCAUUUCAUCAUAAUUGGGGGCUCAAACCUGACAUUCAGCCAGGUGACCAUCACCGCUGCAGGAGACAGCCCAAACACCGAUGGAAUCCACAUGGGGAGAGCAUCCCAGAUCUCAAUACUCGACUCAAGCAUUGGAACAGGCGAUGACUGCAUCUCCGUGGGAGAUGGAAUCUCGGGACUGACGGUGACAAAUGUGACAUGCGGGCCUGGCCAUGGUAUCGCCAUCGGCAGUCUAGGGAUGUACCCAAAUGAGUCACCGGUCAAAGGAAUCCACGUCAAGAACUGCACCUUGACCAACACCCUCAAUGGUUUGAGGAUCAAAUCUUGGCCUGAUAGGGAGGUUUGUGAUGCCUCUGAUAUCCAUUUCGAUGACAUCAUCAUGAACAACGUCUCCUUCCCCAUCAUCAUUGACCAAGAUUACUGUCCUUGGAAUACGUGCAACACCACGGGGCCAUCAAAAGUUACAAUUUCGGAUGUUAGUUUCACCAACAUUCAGGGGACUUCAGGAACCCCAGAGAUUAUUCACUUGAACUGCAGCAGCCUCCAUCCCUGUCAGAAUGUUCAGCUUUCUAACAUUGAUGUCAAAUCCACCUGUGGCCCAGCAACAUCUGUGUGCGUCAACGUGAAGCCUACCAUUUCAGGGAACAUCCCACCCGGAUGUUAACUCUUUCUUAAUUAUUCACGAUUUUUGUAACGGAUUUUUUGAUUAAUUGUAGUGUUUGAGCUACACUUAACUACUCAUACUUAAUUAUAUUUAGAAUGUGGACCUAGCUAGAUAUUUUAUGUAACCCACAAAUAAAUUUAUAAAAAUGAGAGCACGGGUUUUCCAACUAUUUUUACCAGGAAAAGGGUAUUAUUGGAUCAUCUGACCUAAUGCAUCCAAAUAUAUCUCCUAAUACUUUUGAAUAUAUGGUUGUAGCCCAACGUGGUUCUAGAGAUUGUCUGGUCUACGCCCUGCCUCCACUGGCA